UUGCUUCGUCACCUUCCUAUCAUCGAGUAAACAGCGGACCACCAGGAUGUGGAAACCCGCUCAGUUUUAGCUGUAAAUGUUAAGCAAUAUUAAGUGUUAUCUAAAAUUCACGUGUUUAUAUUGUACGGUUGUAGACGCUGCAGGAGAUUUGGAGGAACAUACGUAAUAUUUAAGCUUUUUAACAUCACAAUGGCAGCUGAGCGGCAGCGGAACGUGUUAAUGUAUGUGCUACGUUAAGCUAGCAUGCUAAGCUAUGUGGUAGCCUCGGCUAACGUUAGUAGGUUGUGUGAAUUGUGCGGACAUGGCUGCAGGAGCUGGAGCCUCGUCUGGCGGCUCCUUUGAGUCGACUUUGGACAGAAAGUUUCAGAAUGUGACAAACACGAUGGAUUCAAUUCAAGGACUGUCAACGUGGUGUAUCGAAAAUAAGAAGUACCACAGCCUGAUUGUGCGCCACUGGCUAAAGCGGUUGAAAAAAUCUGAUUCCACUCACAGACUGAACCUGUUUUAUCUUGCCAACGAUGUCAUUCAAAACUGUAAAAGGAAAAACGCCAUUGUUUACCGUACGGCAUUCGCUGAGGUCCUCCCUGAUGCCUUUUUGCUGCUCAACCGUGAAGGUGAGGCCAAGGUGGUUAAAUCGGUGGAGAGGAUAUUGUCCAUCUGGGAGGACAGAAGUGUGUAUUCUGGGGCUCUCAUCUCUGAACUUAGGAGUACUUUAGUCAAAGAGGAAUCGCCUCCUGAGACACCUGUGGAACAGAAAACUCCGAUUGAGUCCAAUGCAGAUCUCCGGUCCAAGAUAGUUGCUGAGUUUGUGCCUCAGGCUUUUAUAGACCAACUGUCAAAGUACAAGAGAUCUGUGGAGGAGGUGGACCUGAGAGAAAAACAGCUGACAGCUAUGAGGGUUGAUAUCUGCAGCUCUGAUGCCCUCAAGAAACUUAAAGAUAAGGCAGGAGGAAAGAAGUUCUCCAAGGACUUUGAGGAAGGAAGUGCACAGCUACAGGAGUUUGUCAAGUUUCUGGAAAAACAAAGCAAAAUAGGACCUCCUGUCCUGGAAGCCCUCAGCAAUGCAGAUAUCUUUUAUGAGAUGCAAUACAAAGAGGUCAAGAUUGUUGCUAAUGCCUACCAGACGUUUGCGAACCGGGUGUCCCACCUGAAGCGUAAACUGGACAGUCUGAAGGCAACCUUACCAGACCUGGAUGACUCCCCCAUCCCCUCACCCUCCGCAGACGCACCUUCUCCAACAGGCUCUGAGUCCCCCUUCCAUGGUAUGGAAUUGGCUGAUCCUGAUCCAGAUCUUGAUGGUUUGGCUAUGGAUGAUGAUGCUGAACCACCGGCUCCGAGUCCUUUGUCCUCAAUCGGAGGAUCCCCCAAACCCUCACUGGGAACGAGUGACAAUCGUGAAGUGGAAGACAUGGAGCUUUCAGAUGAAGAGAUGGACAGCGGUGGAAUUAUAGUCGAGGAGCAGAGUGAAUUCCCCUCUCGCCCAGAGGGGUCGGUUCCAGCCUCUAAAAGCAGCGAGCCAUCAGCGGUGACAGAGCAGCCACUCGAACAGGUCACUCCGGUGGCGGCAGCUCCUGCAGCAAGCGUGGAAGGUGUUGACCUGGGUAAAAUUGGCUCUAUCCUCAACAGCUUAAGCUCAGCCAUGAAGAAUACAGGUCCAGUAGCAGAGACUCCUACACCUGCCUCAGCUGCAUCGUCUGUGGACAGCCCAUCUGCCUCUGUGCCCUCUCAGGAUUCAAGCUCCCUGUCCAACCUCCUUUCCAAGGUGGAUGUGAGUGCUGCAGAUCUACUUAGUGCUCUCUCCAAAGUCCAGGCUCAUGGAGGCCUUGAGGGUAUCACCUCUCUUCUGAGCAGCCCAGCUCGAAAUAUUUCAUCAGACUCCUCUAGUACAGGCAAGAUUCCCCCGCCUCUUUCAUCUGCAUCGGCGGUUGCUACCCCCAGCCCGACUCCCUCCCCUGGUGCACCAAAGCCUUCUUCAGCCUCCACCAGUAUAAAGCAGCGCACAACCUCCCAAGGACCUCCUCACACCUCCAACUCCUCCUCUACCCCAGUGCCCACUGACAGUGGAGAAACAAAUCUGACAACAGAGACAGAGCCCUCGUUGUCGUCUGACAGUUUAGAGUCUAAAAUCCACAGCUUCCUGCAGGGUAACCCAGCUUUCAACGCCUUUGACUUGGGUCUUUCCGUGACCCCAGGCAAUAACUUGAGCCCUGCAGCUGGGAUGGAUCCGCAGGAUGGGACUCCAGUGCGGGAUGAGGGUGGGAGCACGCCGACUCAAGAUGAAAUCAUGGACAAACCAGGGUUGGGUGCAUUCACUGCCAACACAACUCAGCCAUCUGCAGGAGAAACUGUAACAACAGCUCCCCUCACCUAUCAGAACAACAAUCCCCAACAGCAAACCCACGCACAGACAGGAGUGGUUCAGAACGGCCAGGCUUACAAGCCAUACAUGUAUAGUGAACAAAAGAUUUCACAACAGCAGACUCCAGCACCUGUUGCACAUUACCAGCGUGUUUCUGCACCAACGGGAGCAGCGGUGCCUGGAGAAAGAGCCCCAGGCAUCGCCAGUACCACAAACACUGUGGAGGGCUUUCAGGGGGUGGGUGAUAGGGGGUGGUAUGGUGACACUUACCCAGAGGGGAGCUCUCAGCAGCCCAGAGGCUUCAACAUGCCAGUGCCUGCAGGAGCUGGAGAAAACAAGUUACCAGGACAUUACCCGUACCAAGCAGAUCAAGCUCCACAGCCUCCAGAGGGCGCCAACACAUCCCCUGGUUUCUUCCUAAAAACUAUGCCUCCUCUGCCCAAGUUACCCCCCCCUCCACCUCCGGUUCCCUUUGAUGCGCCUCCUUCUGCAGCCAUCCCUGCGGUGGUUCCUCCAGAGCAGCAGCCAAUGAAUACAGGUGACACGACUGGGCCCAGAGUCAACAGCGUCAUCAGUGGGAUGGUGGUUCACGACCAUCAGCACAAGUCAGUGUUUCAGCCAGAUGAGCCGCUGUACAACAAUGAGCGACCCCCACACCCCCCCGAGUAUUUACACUCAGAGGGUCUGCAAUACCAGGAGGACGUUGAGCCUUAUCAUGACGAGAUCCACCAUCAUGAUGCACGUUUUUAUAAAGAAGACUCAUACCAUCAUCCAGCUGAUCCGUUUUACAGGCCAGGCAGUCCCCCACACCCCUUCCCCAGGGUUCGAGGGCGCCUCACUCCCCCCGUCUCCCCCUCAGAGGAAGGCUACUACGGUCAGGACUACCAGCCACGCGGCCCAUCUCCGGCCUACUUUGGCCCAAGGAGACCCCCACCACCUCGCCAUGAAAUCCGUCACCCAGGUGUUCGGCCUCCACACCGGCCUCCCCACCCAGCACGCCACCCGCACCCCAGGGGCCCCCCACCACGUGCUCCAUUUCCUCGGUUCCAGGGCCCAGGUCCCGGCCCAGAACCAUGGUCAAGAGGCAAACGUCCACCUCCAAGAAGAGGAGGAAAUGCUGGUCCAAUGUUUCCUCCAAAAAGACCGUUUCCACCCCCACGGUACUGAUAUGUAAGACUGACCUCAUGAAGUCACAGUGGGUGUCACAGAGGCAGGGGUGUGGCUUAAAACAAGCUUAAAGGCACACAGUCAUGGGGUCCACAUCCUGCCACAGAGGUCCCCUUAUCCUGAGGCUACUGAGGAGGGCAUCAAGAAAUAAGUUAUACUACAGAAGAAAUAGUGGGACAUCUACCAAGAGAAGAAUGAGAACUGUCUGUGAAUUAAGACAAAACAAAACAGAGGUUAGAAGGUUGAGGAGAACAAGAGGCAACACCGAGAGAUGGCAAAAGAGCUGAGAGCUGAGCUGAAGAGUGAAGACAGAAGAUUAAAGAAAAUAAGAGGUGCAUAUAUAUAUAUAUAUAUAUAUAAUUCACUUUGUGUUAUUUGCUCUAGAUCGAAGCAUAACGUAUAUAUGUAACUGAGAAUCAGUUUAAUCUAGGUCAGAGUGUGUGCAUGAUAUGCGUGUGCGCAUGUGAUCAUGUGUAUGUCAACUAGUCGCAGACCGUUUUUCCAAACUGAAUCCGUAAAUAGUUAUUUUUGCUAAGAGUAACAACAGAAUGUAGUUGAUGCAGUGUUUCUGCUGUUAUUUAGUUUUUCAGUGACCAGCUGUGACUGCUUCUCUUCCAUAUUAGCAGAAUCCCAGUAGCUUUUGGUAAAACACCAAUUUAAAAAGCUUUACGUUGGGUUUAGAAAUCAAAUUGUUUGGUAUAGAAUUUCACACGUUGGAAUAUUUGAGCUAAUUGAUUUUUUUUAUUUUCCAACUUCUAAUGUUAUAUUUGUAAGGAUAUGCUCUCUACUAGUGCGUUAAAAAAUCCCUUCAGCGAUAUUUUCACGUCUCGUUAAGUUCCAUGAAGGAGAGCGGCACCGGUUGAAAAGAGAGAAAGGUGUGAGAGUUAUUUUUUCAGCCUCCAACACCGACGGAGAAGAAGUGCAUUUUUGAAGGGGAUGAAGAUACUCGUCUUCAGUUACAUUUUACUUGUACUGACAAAUAAAAAUCUGAGUUUGAAAAAC